AUGGCAACCAGCAUCCACGAAUCAAGAAUGCAGGUCCCCUCAAUUCCAUUCAGUCCAGUUAAAGACGGACGUCGGAUACUCGGGGACAAGGACAUCAACGCGUGUCUGUCACCAGUCCACCGAAACAAACAGCCUCUCUCGGUCACCAGCACACCAGUCAAACGGACUCUCUUCUCAACAACAUCACCUAAGAAACUGCUUCCCUCACCAAUCUUUGCUGGCCAAAAAAGGACAAGGGAUCAGGUUGACGAGGUUGGAGACAAUGGUCAACAACGGCCAACAUCGCGGGGCUUCAACGAAAGCUCACAAUCCCCACCAUUAAAUGAAAAAAUGGACGCGCAAAAUACUCGUGUCGUUUCACCUACACGCUCGCCACGCGACGGGAAUCAACACAUGAAUACCCCACACACGCCCACCACGGAGGACUCGAAAGAAGAAAAGAAGACAAUUCCAGAGGACCCGAUUGCACGAAAGGCAUUCAUUGAAGAGAAAGCCGCCCGCUUGCGAAGAACCUUACAAACGGCUAUGCGCAACAUCCCCAACAACGAAAUUGACCGCCGAGUCGCCAGUCUAGAAGAGCACAGUCGCAAGAUCUCGCGUAUCAGCCUAUCAACCUUCUCUUCCUCUCCUCUGCCUACAUUGUCAUUCAAAAACACCACAACCCCAAAGUUUACCACUCCGCGGAUCGGCUUCAUGCCUGAUAUGAGUUCCACACCUUGCCAACCAACAUCUGAUCUUCCUGUUCAUCCCUCCCCAUUGGCCUACACUACCGAACGCGUCGAACGUGGCAAGGCUUCACAGCGAACUCCACCACCCACUUUGGGUUCUCCCAUGCAGCUCAGCAGUCCCCCUGCUACAGCAAUCCGCACAUGUCGCACCCGAGAUUUGCCUGAGGAGGAAUCAGGUGAAGUUACUCGGGAGAAUAUGUCGCCAUCUCAACGUGGUGACGCGGUUGACGGGUUACUCAAAUUGAUGAGCACUGUAGAUCAAAAUGAUCGAGAAGAUGCCUGGUCUGGGUGA